CUUCCGCUGACGUAUUUUGAAAGCUUGGCGGUUGAGAAGAGGUUUGCUGUGUCGUCCUGGCUGACGGAUUGUGUUUUAUUUAAUUAAUUUUUUUUUUGUGUGUGUUUAUAUUAAGUUUCUUUAAAAAAAAAACAAUGGACCCAGAGUCUGCGUUGCUUCUUGUUGGACUUGCUGUCAAAAUUAGCCGCAGUGACGGCAGGGUUCACAGUGCCACAGUGAAGUCUGUCAGUGUUGCCAAGGCAACAGUCAAUGUGGAGUGGAACGAGAAAGGAGCAACUAAAGGAAAAGAGAUUGACCUGAGCGACAUCUGUCGUCUCAAUGCUGACCUCAUUGAAUACCUACAAGCAUCAAAAAAAGCAGGACCUUCCGCUGCUCCAGCUCCGAGCCCUGCACGGCCAUCUAAAGCAGAGAAAAAAUCAGAGCUUCCUACAAAGUCGUCAAAGAUACCUGCCCCUUCAGAGUUGCCCAGAAGGAUGACCACUCGCCAGACUUGUCUGUUUCGACCACCAACCAUUCCAUCGGCUGGCUUGACUCCUGCUGAUGAGGGCUCCAGUCAGGAGCAGCCCUCAACUACUAUUCCUAGACCCUCAGGCUUAAGUUAUGCAAGAAGACAAUUUGCUCCUCUGCUUCCUGCCAUUGAAGCUGUGUCGGAAAGCGAGGCCUCAAAAUGUGCUCCUGCACCCACUGCAAACCAGCGCCAAUCACGAGUUCCAGAAGUAAAUAAAAUGGCAAGCAAAAGGCUGUCCGUGUCAACGAAAAACCCGGAAACCCAGACCAAGAAAGGAAAGUACGGCGAUAUGAACCGCCCCAACAAACAGUUUUACCAGAUGGUUGAAGAGUAUCGGGAGACUGUGGAGAAAGUCCCGCUGUCUUUGAGUGACCCUGUUGAGCUUCACAGGAUCUGUGUGUGCGUUCGCAAGCGGCCGCUAAAUAAAAAAGAAAUGGCUAAGAAAGAGAUUGAUGUGGUGACGAUCCCUGGAAACGGAGUCCUCCUGUUUCAUGAGCCCAAGCAGAAAGUCGAUCUCACCAAGUACCUUGAAAACCAGUCCUUCCACUUUGAUUACUCAUUUGACGAAGAAGCCAGCAAUGAUUUAGUUUACAGGUUCACUGCCAAACCUCUGGUUAAGACUGUGUUUGAGGGUGGCAGGGCAACAUGUUUCGCAUAUGGUCAAACUGGUAGCGGAAAGACCCAUACAAUGGGUGGAGAUUUCUCAGGAAAGGCACAAAACAGCUCUAAAGGAGUCUAUGCCCUGGCAGCACAGGAUGUAUUUACCCUUCUGCAGCAGAAAAAAUAUGCCGACCUGUGCCCAUACGUGACCUUUUUUGAAAUCUACAACGGCAAGGUCUUUGACUUGCUGAAUAAUAAAGCAAAACUGCGUGUGCUAGAGGAUGAAAACCAGCAGGUACAGGUUGUUGGCCUGCAGGAAAUGACAGUCUUGUCUGUUGAAGAUGUUAUCAAGAUGAUUGAGAAGGGGAGUGCAUGCAGGACUUCUGGCCAGACAUUUGCCAAUGCCAACUCGUCCCGUUCCCAUGCCGUCCUGCAGGUAAUCUUGAGGCGGCAUGGGCUGCUUCACGGGAAAUUCUCUCUGGUGGACCUGGCAGGGAAUGAGCGGGGUACAGAUGUCAGCAGCAAUGACCGGCAGGUUAUGGUGGAGACAGCGGAGAUCAAUCGCAGCCUCCUGGCAUUGAAGGAAUGCAUCCGAUCUCUGGGCCAGAACAGUGAACACAUCCCCUUCCGGAUGAGCAAGCUCACCCAGGUGCUCCGAGACUCCUUCAUAGGCGAGAACUCAAGAACCUGCAUGAUUGCCAUGAUCUCACCUGGCAUGGCCUCUUGUGAUUACACACUAAAUACACUACGUUAUGCAGACAGGGUGAAGGAGUUGAAUGGAUCGUCUAAGGGAGCUGUACAGAACACUAAGCUAUCGGAGUCAGAGGAGGGCAGCAGUUCCUUAGAGGAGGAGGGUAUUCCUGCAGCACUUGAAUCCAUGGCUCGGAUCUCGGAAUUGGAGGAGAGGUUCUACGAAGAGAUGCAGGCUAGCAAUGAAAUCACCCAAGCGAUGGCACACCCGUUAUACGACAUUGUAAACGGUCUACCAGAAAUCGAUGCGUACAUGGAGCGACUUCAAGGAUCUUAUCAUGCUCUGCGAUCAGCUAUAAAGGCACUAAAAGCCAGGUCACCCAAUCUGGCAUGACCAUGCAAAUGGAGUGGAAAACCAAGUGGAGUGGGGGUUUUUUGGGUUCUUUUGAAUGUUGACUGUUAAUGUUGCAUUAAAUGCGCCCUUCCAAGUUUAAUUACAAUUUGUUUGGAUGUUUUUGUGUCAUUUUUAUAAACCUUUUUAUUCACUGAAUAAAUGUUUACUUGUGA